AUGCGGUGGACUAAGAAUAGCCUCCACUAACAAAAGAGAACAAGGGAGCCAGACAAUGGGUGGUGCAGUUAUAUAGAGGGACCCCGAUCUCUGUUCAUCACUGUUCUGUCCAUCCUGCCUCUGCUGCUGCAUCUCUCUCCUGCGUCUGACACUGUGAGAUCUCAUCAGCAGAAUGCCUGAGCAUGUGCAAGAGAGGAAACCAAAGAUCUCAGCUUCAAGGAAGCUGAUGCUCAAGAGUUUGAUGGUGGCAAAGGCCAAAGAGGAACUGGAGCAGGAGAUCCUUGAUAAAGAGGAUGAGAAACACAAGUAUCUGGUAGAGAGAGCUCCUCCUCUGAACACCAGUGGUCUGAGCCAGGGACAGCUACAGGAUCUCUGCAGAGAGCUCCAUGCCAAAGUAGAUGUGGUGGAUGAGGAGCGAUAUGACAUUGAGGCCAAAGUCAUGCUCAACACACGGGAGAUUAAAGAUCUGAACAUCAAGGUGUUGGACCUAAGGGGGAAAUUUAAGAGGCCCAGUCUUCGGCGUGUUCGUGUGUCUGCUGAUGCAAUCCUCCGUUCGCUUCUGGGCUCCAAGCACAAAGUGUCCAUGGACCUCCGAGCUAACCUCAAGUCUGUCAAGAAAGAGGACACUGAGAAGAAGAGGCCGGUAGAAGACAGUGACUGGAGGAAGAAUGUGGAAGCCAUGUCAGGGAUGGAGGGAAGGAAAAAGAUGUUCGAUGCUGCAAAAGGUCCUGCCCAGUGAACGUAAAUGCAGCCAUCAUUGGGUAAAUGCUCCUGCUAGAAUGUCCCUGGACUCCCAAAAUUAUUUUCUAUUUUCUGUUUGCUGUUCAUUAAUGAGGUGUUAAAGUGACUAUAUCCAAGUACAAAGCCAUGUAGAAUUAUUCAAAGUGUACUCAUUACUGACACUUCACCAGAAAUCCCGAGUAGUUUGGCUUCUUAUGUACAGAAAUGCCAAAAUGUGCAUCUGGUAUCUCUGGUAGACAAAUGUGAAGUCAGGCUGAAUGAUAUUAUAGCUGACGAUCUGGCUAAACUCACUUGCAUAUUUGCGCUGGGAUGAACUGUAAGCAUGGGUUGUGGUUUUAUGAUCUGGACAAAAUGAUGUGCACAGCUGUAUUUUACAUGAAAACUGUCACAACAAUAAAACACAC